UCUUUGGUACCAACUAUAUCAUUCAGUUGAGUACUACCAUUGACCAUCGUUUAUUCGCAAGAUGAACCUGAAAUCUAUCGCCGUCCUCCUUACUGCUGUUGCCGCCCAUGCAGUCACAGGUCCCAUUGAGUAUGCCAGCUGUCAAACAGGAUGCAAUGGCCACGCUGUUUCUUGUUAUGGGGCUGCCGGAUUUACAUUCAGAGUGGCCCUUCCUUCAGUACCUCCUGUUCUCGCUACAUGUAAUACAGGCCUGGGGACAUGUAUGGCGGCUUGUGCAGACCUACUCUCUGAGCGAGUCCAAUUAUGAAUAUGGCAAGAAGAAUGCAUGUCCCUCUUGGUGAUGGGAUCAAUGCCCGUCCCUUCCAUUUUUGCCUCGUAUUGGCCUUUUCUCAGCCAUGUUCUGCAAUUUCACAGUGUCAUACAUAAUGGUUUUUCAUGAACUGUAUAUACUAGCCCAUUGAUAUCCCGCUUUUGUUUUCCGCAAGUGCUAUUCCUGUUCUCUGAAGUUGAAAAAAUUCAUAGUACCAUGUCAGAUAUGUGGAAUCUGCAGCAGCAGCAGCGACCCCCACGAACUG